AUGUCCCUAGGUGACGAUAAAGUGAUCGGGUUGAGCGAGAGCGGCAACCUCUCCCACGGCAUGUGGGCACAUUCGAUGACGGUUCAGGAUUACCAGGAUCUCAUAGAUAGAGGAUGGCGAAGAAGUGGAAAAUAUGUCUACAAGCCCAUAAUGAAUGAAACAUGUUGUCCUCAAUAUACAAUAAGAUGCCAGGCUUUGCAUUUUCAGACUUCCAAAUCUCACAAGAAAGUUUUGAAAAAAAUGUUGAAAUUUAUUUCUAAAGGAGAUGUUUCAAAAGCAGCGGCUGAAGAAGAACCUAUGGAUUCCCAUAUAGAGGAUGUAGUCUCGUGCAAUUACGAGUGCAGAAGUGAAGCUCAUGUCAGUCAGGCUGAGCUGACGCCCUUCAGUGCGGAUGACACAGAGAGCGUGGAGACUGAAGACAAGGAAAAAGAAGAAAUAAAAGAAGAGGUGAAUGUGAAGAAGGUGGAAUCAGAGUCUCUUCAGAUCCAUGGAGCUGAGGACACAGCAGCCCCUGGAGAGCCGUCACAUUCGACUAAAACUGUUCAUGCGGUGCCCAAGCCAGGCAAAGGGGCCGAUCUGAGCAAGCCGCCCUGUCGGAAAGCCAAGGACAUUCGGAAGGAAAGGAAACUGCAGAAGCUCCUGCGGAACCAGCCGUGCGCGCCCGACGGCCCUGCCUGCCACGCAGGGGACCAGGCUUCGCUCCUGCAGAACUCCAAAUCUAAAACAAAUCAACCUAAAACCAUCGAAGACUUCAUUUUUACCUCUUUACCCGAUGAUGCCGCGCACAAGUUGGAGUUCACACGAUUCCUCUGUGAUUCUCCACUUGAGGCAGAGAAUCUCCCAGACGGACCCGACUGUGGCUACGGGUCUUUUCACCAGCAGUACUGGCUGGAUGGGGAGAAAAUUGCUGUAGGUGUCAUUGACAUCCUGCCCUGCUGCGUGUCCUCCGUGUAUCUCUACUACGAUCCAGACUACUCUUUCCUAUCUUUGGGAGUCUAUUCCGCGUUACG